AAGACGAUGUUGGAUUUAAUGAUUGCACAGUGAAAUAAUGAACUCGUUAGGAGCUGCGUCUCGUAGCUAGUUCAAACACUUGACUAGUCAAUCCAGUGGUCAAUGGUUUAAAUUCUUUUUGACACCAAUCAACUAUUCCAAUCUGUCUUACAGAUGUUCUCGAUUGCUUUCAAAUUGAAAACCAGAAGGGAGUACUGAACUUCUGUAUCCUCCUAGUUUGAGCACUACUCUCACCCGUAGACAUCCAUUACCCUACACACCACGGAUACAACCUAGAACCUUAAGGCUACGAGGCAAGCCCGAAGCCUAUUCAACCACUGGUAGGGAAUCUGAUGGCCGAUGCAUCUCGUCUCCUGGCAAUUCAUGAUACAUGGUGCCACUACCGGCCAAUGUCAUCAGAGAAUACCUCUUCUCAUACUCGACUUGUUGGACCCCUCACUGUCUACUAACAUCUCUGAAGAACUCCAGAAUAUUUGCAAGACAAAAUCAAUUACGAAAACGUGUACACUCUGUAAGACUCAAUUGUCCACACAGACACACAUACACUGUCACAAUUACAAUUAAAAUUUAUCUUAAAGGACAAAACUAUAGAUGGUUGACUGUCAAUAAUGGUAUCCAGCACUCAUCUUUCACCUCAUUUGUGGAACUCAUUAGGCUGGAUGUAUCCGCAUCUGUGAGUGAAUGA